UAACAUGACUCAGAGCGUCAUAGGCGGAAGGUCACGGAGCAGCAGAACGGAACGGAAGCGGAGUAAAAAAGCCCAUCCGCCAUUGUGGAGUAUGGUGAGGGAUAUUUCAUUUAGGCACUAGGCACUUUAACACUGACUGAAAGAAACCGUCUGUGCCCUGAGCGGACACGGGGAAGUGAAGCCGUCUACACCGACAGAGAGCCUUCGUUUGGACAAGGCAGAAGACACGCGUCGUCACCAGGUCUGACCGCUAGAGGAAAGGAAAACGCCGCCUCGCAACACUGCCAGAGUGAUUGAGCCGAGCUAGGAAGCACCGAGAGCAGAGGGACGCCGUGGACUGUCUCACAAGCACAGCUCCGUGUUGGUUUCUGGAGGAUGUCUGCCACCACUGUCGACCAGAGGCCAAAAGGACAAGGAAAUAAAGUACAAAACGGAUCAAUGCAUCAAAAAGAUGGUGUGAACGAUGAUGACUUUGAACCUUACCUAAGCGGCCAGACAAAUCAAAGUAAUAGCUAUCCACCAAUGUCGGAUCCCUAUAUGCCCAGCUACUACGCUCCAUCCAUCGGUUUCCCCUACUCUCUGGGAGAAGCGGCUUGGUCUACAGCUGGAGACCCUCCAAUGCCAUACCUUACUACCUAUGGACAAAUGAGCAAUGGCGAGCCCCAUUUUAUACCUGAUGGAGUGUUCAGCCAACCAGGCGCUCUUGGGAAUACUCCUCCUUUCCUUAGUCAACAUGGUUUCAACUUUUUUCCUGGAAAUGCAGACUUUUCUACCUGGGGUACCAGUGUCUCUCAGGGUCAGUCCACACAAAGCUCAGUAUACAGUAACAGCUAUGGGUACGCUCCCAGUUCUUUGGGCCGGGCCAUCACUGAUGGACAAGGAGGGUUUGGUAGUGACACUCAACUCAGUAAGGUACCGGUGCUGAGCAGCAUCGAGCAGGGUAUGGCAGGGCUAAAACUGGGUACAGACAUGGUGGCUGCAGUCACCAAAACCGUGGGCUCACCUUUAGGGGGCACACCAGGCAUGAGCAGCAUGGCAGCAAACAACCUCCCCCCAUCUAUCAGCUCCUCUGCACCUAAACCUGCCUCCUGGGCAGCUAUUGCCAAGAAACCUGCCAAACCACAACCUAAAGUCAAACCAAAAGCCAACAUGGGUAUGGUGGGAGGAGUCACCAUCCCUCCCCCUCCCAUAAAGCACAACAUGAACAUAGGGACAUGGGAUGAUAAGGGCUCCCUGAACAAGGCUCCGUUAGCUCAGACCAUGAUGCCCCCUCAGCAGCUGGUGCAGCAGCCACUCUUGGCCCAGCCCCCGACGUUACUGCAGAGCCCCCUGCCUCCCCAGCCUCAGCACCAACCACAACACCAGCCCUUCCAGCUGCAGUCCCUCCAGUCACCCCAACACCCUCUGCCCCCUGCUCCCCCACACCUGCACAUCCCCUCCCAGCCGGGUCCGCCACACCACCUCCAUCAUCAUCAUCACCAUCAUCAGCCGCCUCAGCAGCCCGGCCCACCCCCAAACCGCUGGGUGGCACCCCGGAACCGGGGUGAUGGCUUUGGUUUCGGUGGGGGUGUCCCAUUGAGCGCCUCUCCUUGCUCUGGAGAAGUGCAUCCUGUAUUAGAGAAACUACGGGCUCUCAACAACUUCAAUCCCAAAGACUUUGACUGGAACUUGAAAAAUGGCCGCGUUUUCAUUAUCAAGAGUUAUUCAGAAGAUGAUAUCCAUCGCUCAAUCAAAUACUCAAUCUGGUGUAGUACAGAACAUGGAAACAAGCGCUUGGAUGGUGCCUACCGCUCCCUGGGCAACAAGGGUCCACUAUACCUGCUGUUCAGUGUCAACGGCAGUGGGCACUUUUGUGGCGUAGCCGAGAUGCGCUCCCCUGUGGACUACAAUGCCUAUGCAGGCGUAUGGUCUCAGGACAAGUGGAAGGGCAAGUUUGAAGUAAAAUGGAUUUUCAUUAAAGAUGUGCCCAACAACCAGCUACGGCACAUUCGACUAGAGAACAAUGACAACAAGCCAGUGACCAACUCCAGGGACACGCAAGAGGUGCCUCUGGAGAAGGCCAAACAAGUGCUAAAAAUAAUCGCCACUUACAAGCAUACCACCUCAAUCUUUGAUGAUUUUGCACAUUAUGAAAAACGGCAGGAAGAAGAGGAGGCUCUGAGGAAGGAACGCAAUAGAAGUAAACAGUAACCUUCAAGCAAGUUUUUCUUCAACAACCACAACACUAAAGAUGAUGGACCUUAAACAAAAUCUGCCUAACUGAGAGGAGAAGAGGCUUUCCACUGAAGACAAUGUAUCUGGACACUUAAACAUGACAGUAGAGGAACUCAUUUGUAUCUGUUGACUAGUGUUUGUAUCAUUCAAAAAAACGUAACUUCUUUAGAAACUGUCAUUGAAGCACUUUGAUUCGUUCUUAACAGCCUCUAUUCCAACACCCUCGUCUCUUAAACUUGUUUUGAUUUGUUUAUGAGCAAACUAACUGACUAACAAGACUAGUCAGAAUAUGUCACCAGGCUAACAUCAUUUUUAAUGCCUCAAUCUUUUGGGAUAUAGCAGAGGGCUCCUGCAGAGAUUUAUAGAUGAAAUGUAUAAUGAAUCUAGUACUUGAAUCAGUAUUCAGCUGCCUGGCCACCCUCAGACAGGCCUGUGGGAAAUUGACAGCCACAAUUAUGCCAAUCAUGAAAUGUAUCCUCGCUCUACCCAUUUACAUUGGUUUAUGCAUUUUUUGUUUACCAAAAGAGUUCUGCAGCAGGCUGAGAUAGUGGGCCAGUGCAUACCUUUUGUUUUCUCAUGAUUCUGUCAUUCUCAAGUGCAUUGUUUGAGGAGAAACUUGCUGCUUUGGUAGAGUUUGCAGUGGCCCAUUUCCUGCGGGUCUUUUUUUCACAUCCAUGUUCUUGACUGUACCUCAGGCUCAAUCAGACUGUCUGUCCUUAUCAACACGAGCACUUUUGGGUGAACUCCCCACACCUUUGUAAGCUUCACUGGGAUUCCCCCAAAACAGCAAGACAUAAUCUAUAGGGACAGUUUUCUCCUCAAGGUAAUCACUAGCUAAAUAAAAUCUAUUAUUAGAGUAA